UUUGUUUGGGAAAAAUUGGAGUUUCGGCUUUUAAAAAGUGAUGUAAACAGUCUUUAUUAUUGAGUUACUGGUUUUAUUUUGAACUUGUAAUUAUCUAGCAAAAUGCUCGCACCUUUAACAUCUACAUGCGCUCGCAGAAGCAGGCAUCUUUUAAAUAAAUUAGUUAUAUUAGAAGAUCUUGCGGCACAAUCUAGAUUUGAUGGAUUAAUUUGUAAUCGUAGGUUGUUUUCAAUGGUAUCAAAACAGUUGAGUACAAAUCUCAGAUUUCCUAUUCAAGCACAAAGGAUCCUACAACUGAACUUGCCACAGCAAGAUUUUGUUAGACAUGCUCAGUCUACUCCUUUCAACACAAUCAUUAUGUUUGUUCCUCAACAAGAAGCUUGGGUUGUGGAACGAAUGGGGAAAUUCAAUCGAAUACUUCAACCAGGUCUCAACUUUCUUAUUCCAAUAGUUGACAGAAUAAAAUAUGUUCAAAGUUUGAAGGAGUUGGCCAUUGAUAUUCCUAAGCAAUCUGCUAUAACCUUAGAUAAUGUGACCUUAAACAUUGAUGGUGUUCUGUACUUAAGAGUUGUUGAUCCUUAUAAGGCCAGUUAUGGAGUUGAAGAUCCUGAAUUUGCUAUUACUCAACUUGCACAAACUACUAUGCGUUCUGAGCUUGGAAAAAUUUCCUUAGAUAGUGUAUUUAGAGAAAGGGAGUCAUUAAAUUUUGCAAUAGUUGAGGCAAUAAAUAAAGCUAGUAAUGCUUGGGGCAUUGAUUGCCUACGUUAUGAAAUCAGGGAUAUACGGUUACCUCAACGAGUCAAUGAAGCCAUGCAAAUGCAAGUUGAGGCAGAACGAAAGAAAAGAGCUGCCAUUUUAGAAUCUGAAGGUGUUAGAGAGGCAGAUAUUAAUGUUGCUGAAGGUAAAAAGAGGGCAAGAAUUUUAAGUUCAGAGGCUGAAAAGACAGAACAAAUCAACAGAGCUCAAGGUGAGGCAUCUGCUAUUCUAGCCAAAGCGUCUGCAAGAGCGAAAUCAUUGAAUGUUAUCUCUGAAUCAUUACUUCAAAAGAAAGGAAGUAAUGCUGCAUCAUUACUUAUAGCGGAACAGUAUGUGAGUGCUUUUAGCAAACUAGCAAAAACUGGAAAUACUCUACUUUUGCCUUCUAAUGUAAAUGAUGUUUCUGGCAUGGUUGCACAGGCAUUAGCAAUUUACAAAAAUAUUUCUCCGCCUAAUGUGGGAGUUUCAUCAGAUGCUAUUGAUAAUGUGCAAGAUCAAAAAGAUUGGUUUGAAUAUAUAAGUGAUCAAGAAGAUGAAAUCGUAGAAAGUAAUAAAUCCCAUCCGACUCCUUCCAAUCAGCAAGAAACAGAAAAACAUGAUCAGGACAAAGACAAUAAAUAAACUGUAACUGAACGAAUUAAAUUUGUUUCAUAUUUAUUGUGUUAGAUUGUUAUAAUAAAAUAUUAUGAAAUAAUUAAA